UGAUUAACCACUGAAGGCAGAGAUGAAGGGAUGGAGCAACGAAAUAAAAAGAAAAGCGAUUCAGGAGAGGAGAUGAGGCGAAGAGAGCGAAAGAGGGGAGAGACAGAGAAGAAGAAGAAAGAAAGCCUCAGUCCUAUUUCACUCUCAUCCUGCAGCAGACGCUCCACUGAAUCAUGCUGAUAAGCCGAUCCGUACUGCUCGUCCUCAGCUCGUGUUUGUGUGUGAGCGUGUGUGUGAGUGUGUGUGUGAGUGUGUGUGUAGAGAACACAGACUCUCCGGCUCCUCGGACAGCGACAGAACGACGAGGCGACUCAUCGCUGCUCACUGAAACCUUUCAGAGUCCAAACACACAGAGGGAUGUUUUUAAACAAGAGCAGGAGGAGAAGAAGGAGCCGAGAUCCUCACACCGAGACGAGAUUAAAGACGUCUCAGAAAGCGUCGUGUCUGCACUUUCCCUUCAGAAGAGCAGCACAAACUCUAAUCUAGGCUUAAAGACAAACACCACGAUCGAUCCCAUGGAUACCACAAAGUUCCAGGAAGUGCCAGAAGGGUCUGUGCGUCUCUCCAGGAGACGGAGAAGCUGGAUCUGGAACCAGUUCUUCGUCAUCGAAGAGUACAGUGGACCGGAACCGGUUCUGCUCGGACGGCUGCGCUCCAGUGUGGACCGAGGUGAUGGGCGUGUCCUGUAUGUUCUGAGUGGUGAAGGGGCGGGGUCAGUGUUUGUGAUUGAUGGACGAACAGGGAACAUCCACGUGACAAAGCCUCUGGACCGUGAACAGAAGGAUCAGUACAAGCUUGUCGCCACGGCAACAGACCAACGGACAGGCCGUGUGCUUGAGGCCUCGUCCCAGUUUACCAUCAGAGUGCAGGACAUAAAUGACAAUCCACCUGUGUUUAAACACACACACUACAUCGCCAGUGUGCCUGAGAGAGCCAGCGCAGGGACAUCUGUGAUUCAGGUGACAGCAACAGACGCAGACGAUCAGUCGUAUGGGAACAGCGCAAAGCUCGUUUACUCCAUCAUCCAGGGCCAGCAGUAUUUCACUGUGGACCCACAGUCAGGUGUCGUGCGGACAGCGGUGUCUGAUAUGGACAGAGAGCAGCAGUCUCAGUACAUCGUGGUCUUGGAGGUGAGAGACAUGGCGGGACAUCAGGGAGGUCUAACAGGAACAACCACCAUCACCGUCCACCUCAGCGAUGUCAAUGACAGUCCACCACGUUUCACUCAACGUGUGUGGAUGUUCUCUGUAUCAGAGUUAGCUCUCCCCGGGGCAGAGGUGGGCCGUGUGAGUGCUACAGAUGCGGAUGUGGGUGAGAACGCUCGACUGGAAUUUACCAUCGCGGACGGAGAGGGGGGGGAAAUGUUCAACAUCACUGGACUAAACCAAGAGGGUGUGAUUAUACUGAACCAGGCAUUAGACUUCGAGACUCACAGCUCGUACACACUCCCGGUGGAGGUCCAGAACCCGAGUGUGGAUAUGCGGUUCCUUCAUGGAGGUGUGUUUAAGGACGAGGCGGUGGUGAGGAUCACUGUCCUGAACGCUGACGAGCCGCCGCUCUUCACUCGCAAUCAUUACACUCUGAACAUCACGGAGAACUGCAGAACACCAUGCAGUGUGGGGCGAGUACACGCUGUAGACCCUGAUACAGGACACAGCACCAACAUAGAGUACUCGAUUGCCCCUGGGUCUGACCCCGGGGCUGUGUUUCGUAUUUCCCCUAUUAGUGGCCUCAUUACCGCAGUGAAGGUGUUGGAUCGAGAGCAUGAAAAGUGGCACAACAUUACCGUCACUGCCACUCAGAGAGACAGCCCCAAUCAGGUUACCAGAGUGGUGGUUGCCAUAGAAACGCUGGAUGUGAAUGACAACCCCCCUGAGCUGGAUGGACCCUAUGAGACGGCAGUGUGUGACACCAGCACCGCCGGACAGGUUGUGCAGGUAAUUCGAGCCAUAGACAGAGAUGAGAUCAGCUUCUCUUCAGCCGUACACUUCAGCGUGUCUGCUCACAGCCGCCUGUCUCUGAACUUCACCACCCGGGCGAGAGGAAACCACACAGCCAAUCUGCUGCUCCUGUCCACUCUGAAGCCCCUCCCCCACGCCGCCUCUUCUCAUUUACAUGUCGUAAAAGUACCCAUAAUCCUCCGGGACAGAUCAUCAGAGCUAAGCAGCACGGGGACCGUGACGGUGACGCUUUGUCCCUGUCAGAACGGAGGGAUGUGGGUGGAGGAGAGAAGGAGAGGGAUGGAUGGAAGGAGGAGUGGUGAUGGAGAUGUACUGAUGGAGUGGGAGAGAGAGAUGGUGUGUUCGUCUCUGCCGACUUCCUCCAUGUUGCUGGGCUUCAGCUCGGCCGCCAUGCUAGCCAUCUUGGCGUGUUCAUCCGUCCUCAUGGUAGUGGUGGUGUUGUCUCUGUCCUUGCGGAGGAAGAAGAGUGACUCGUUCUCUCCGGUGGAGGACGAUGAGAUCAGAGAGAACAUUAUUACAUAUGAUGAUGAAGGUGGAGGAGAGGCAGACACGUCUGCGUUCGACAUCACUGCACUGAAGAGUGUCCCACACGCCAUACACACACGUGGUGUUGGUUCCGUCCCUCUGUACGGUCCUCUGUGCUACAGCAUACACACGGCGAGCAGCAGCCCAUUCGUUGGCUGUGAGUCUCGGCUGGAUAAACCCGCACACACACUUCCCAGUGGAUACACACUGAACAUCGGGCUGUUAGAACCGGGCUCUGUGCUCACAGAACCUGUGGAGGAGUCUAAGAGACCAGAUCAGAACAGGACUGAAGGUUCUGCUGAUAUCGUUGUGAAAAAGAGUCAGGCAGGAAGUGAUGUCAUCACUCAAGAUCAGGAUCCGUUAGUCCUAAAUGACUCUGCAGAUCAUCCGGUCGCAUCACAGACAGCUCAACUCCACUCGUCCGUCUCCUCAUCUGUCGCUCCAGAUGACAUCACGCCUUCUCACAGCACAGGAAACGCUGCAGCUUCCUUCAGAACCAUGGAGGGAACCUUAAUGCAAGCUGGCGGAGGGAGACAUCUGACAGGGACUCCUGUCUUGUACCUGAACCCAGGACAGGACUAUGUUCAGCAUCUGAUAGGGCUGCACGUUGGAGGGCGGAGCUUCUUUAGACCUGAUUUAGGGGGCGUGGCUGUCCCUCUGAGUCUUAGGAUAGAAGAACUACUGCAGCACCGACUCACUCGAGUGACCUUUGACCCCAUGCAGCCACCAUACGAUUCACUGCAGAUGUAUGAGCACGAAGGGGCGGAGUCAGAGACCGCCUCCCUCAGCUCUCUGGAGAGUGAAGGAGAUGGAGGGAUGGAGGGAGAGGGGCUGAUUGAAUUAGGCCCCAAGUUUAACAGGCUGCUGGAGAUCUUCAGAGAGAGGGAACAGGAGAAAGAUGGAGGGAAGAAAGAGGAGGAAACGGAGGAGAGACACAUACACAGAGAGCAGAAGAAGAGUGUGGAGGAAGAGGAGGGAACACAAGAAGUACAGACGGAUUAGAUAGCAGCAAGGACAGAGAGAAUAAAGAAUGAUUUCACUUCAGAGAGAAGGAGAGUGAAAGAAGAGUGAUAUUUACCACCUUUAUGAAGAUCAGGAGAGGCUGUGAGAAAAGAUGGAGGGAAUAAAGGUGAAAUAGAAGAUGAGAGAAGAGGGUGAUGAAGGGAAGAAUGGAAGAUACAUAUAAACAGACAUGAAGGGGAUGAGUCAAAGAGGACAAGGUAGAGAAAAGAGACAAGAGGGCAGAGAGAGAGAGAGAGAAAUAGAGAGAGAGAGAGAGAGAGAGAGAGAGAAAUAGAGAGAGAGAGAGAGAGAGAGAGAGAGAGA